AUGGAUAAGGAGAGCUGGGCACCCGAGGCGGCGCCUCGCCCGCACACGCAUUCCAUCGUCGAUCCGUCUCGCCGAUGCGCCCGCCAGCUCAUCAGCGCCGGCCUAACCAUGGAUCGCUUGCCUACCGAGAUCCGGCUCAUGAUCUGGCGGUUCGCUGUCGACAUGGUCUACGAGCCACGACCUCCGUGUGCCUGGUCAUUGGCCUACCGCGCUCCCUACCUGAGCAUCCAUCUCAACCGUCUCGACGAGUUCCCUCUGCCGAAGUCGACCCUAGGCGUCUUCCAGGUCAACCGAGAAUCACGCCACGAGGCUGUCAGCCGAUGCCUGCUGUUCAAGGCCCGCAACGGUUCCAGGAGAGGCCGUGUGCGAGCUGAUAUUGACGUCUUCAUUUUCGACGUUGGUGUGCUCGUCGAGAUGGCUUGUGCGCCCGAGUGGCGCCCACCUCACUCUGGCGACGGCUGCGCCGCCGUUGCUUGGCCGCCACCCUUGGCUGCAAUCUACACCAGCGCUUGGCACAAUCUGGCCUUCGUAAGGAAGAUUCUCUUGCCCAGCGUGUGCUUCACCUAUCUGUUCCGUAACGAUCUCGCGCCUCUGCUCGCUCUCCCCUACUUACGCACCGUCUACGUCGACUUCGGCCACCCCUUGCGCAGCGCUGCCCGUGAGUACUCCAUGAAAAUGUCACUGGCCAGGGACGACCGCCCAGGGUUGUGGGAGGCCCGCCAUGACGAAUUCCACGCCUGGUACCAAGAGCACGUCGAGCUCGAGAUCGGCCCCGAGCUGAAACACAGCGACGGCACCCAGGAGAUGAGCGAGGCGACCAAGGUGCUCUUCCGCAAAUGGAAACGUAUUUUCCUAGAAGACGUUUUGGUAGGGUGGAAACCGUUCGCCGGGAAAGGCGUGGUUGGUAUCCUGGUCUCUGACCUUCAUUACGGCCUGCAAACGGAAAUCCAGUCCGGCGCCCAGACCAGAUGA